AUGAUGAAGCUCUCCACAGCCACGCUGUGGUUGAUCACUGCCAUCUCAUCUGUCGUUGCCUCUCCCCUCGCGGACACUGAAGUUGAAGCUAUCCACGCCGUAGCGGCCCGUACCGUGGAGAAGCGGAAUGGGUUCACGGAUGGGCAGCCCAUCGACGGAAAGGGAAAAGGGGCUCCCAUUCUUGGCACGAAGCACGCUGACGAGGACAAAGGGGGCACGAAUCAUCAAAUUGACCUCGCCAACCCGGAUAAUCUUGCAGCUCAAAGCACCGACAGUGGAACAGUUGUGAAUCUUAAAUGGAGCUUUAGCGAUUCCAAAACCAAGAUCUUCAAUGGCGGAUGGACGCGUGAGCAGGUCGUCACUGAUCUGCCUGGGAGCCACGACAUUGCUGGUGCGCAACAACACCUCAAGAAGGGUGCAUUGAGAGAGCUCCACUGGCAUAAAGUCGCUGAGUGGGGAUAUGUCUAUGCCGGAUCAGUCUUGGUUUCUGCCGUGGACGAAAAUGGGCACUACCAAGUUGACAAGCUCGAAGUCGGGGAUAUUUGGUACUUCCCUAAAGGGUCCGCUCACACGGUUCAGGGCCUCGCGGAUGAGAACGAGUAUCUUUUGGUCUUCGAUGAUGGAGACUUUGAUGCCCUCGGAACGACCUUUAUGGUUGAUGAUUGGAUCGCACACACGCCCAAGUCUGUCCUCGCAAAGAACUUCGGAGUCAAUGAAUCGGUAUUCGACACCGUACCGACGCCAGACCCAUACAUCAUAAAUGCGACAGUCAGCACAUCUGAACCAACAGGCCCGGAAAGUGGCCUUACAGGGAACAGCUCAUACGUAUACCAUCAUUCGCUGAAGGACCGAGUCCCUGUGCCGGGCGGAGGCGGGAAUUUGACGAUCGUUGACUCAAGGAAUUUCCCAAUCGCAAAGACCCUUGCAGCUACUAUUGUGAGCCUCGAACCAGGAGGAUUAAGAGAGCUUCAUUGGCACCCCAAUGCGGAAGAGUGGCUGUACUUCCAUUCCGGCAAUGCGCGUGCGACCGUUUUCAUCGGCGGUGCCAAUGCUCGCACCUUUGACUUUACAUCUGGGGACACGGCAGUUUUCCCUGACAAUAGCGGACAUUAUAUCGAGAAUACUUCCAAGACAGAGAAUCUUGUCUGGAUCGAGAUUUACAAGUCCGACCGGGUUGCUGAUAUCCCUCUCACCCAGUGGCUUGCUCUCACUCCUCCAGAUAUCGUGGCUAGCACUCUCAAGAUCCCGUUAUCAGUCGUGAACCAGCUGAAGAAGGAGAAGCAGGUGUUAAUUAAGGGCAACAAAUGA